AUGUCUUCCUCCAUACUACAUCAGUGCCCGCACUGCGGGCACGUCUCCGAUAUCUCAAAUGCACUUGCAGCUUUUAUCGAGAACCCCCACUGUAAACAGUGCGGUAUGUCUGCUUCGGAAAGCGACUCGAAAGUGCAAGACGAACUUUCAGCUCUGUUUGAUAGACAAAUGAGUAUGACACAGCUGCAUCCCGCUCCUAGAGAGACCAUUGUACCAUCUCAAGCGCCACAGAUUGCAUACAGCAUUACCCAACACUAUCACCACUCGGCUCACAGAGUCGCCCAACACACAGAGCCCUCGAGCAUUGAUGUUCUAAGGCAUCACGGCCUUGACCCAAACACCCUUACUCAAGACCAGCUCGCCCUUUUUGAGAAUGCCGAUGCAGAGCAGAGAGAGCGGUUGAUCCAAACAUGGCAGCUCUACUCGCAAUUUGGACAUGAAGCCAGUGCUGGGGACUUUGCCAUGAAUGAUUCUGCCAUGGACGACAGUGCAGAUGGAAAUGUCUGUGCUGAUGCGGAACCUUACAUGGUAUCUGGUUACGAAAACGCUGCCAACCAGGCCUCUCACCUCCCUAAAGAGCCCACCACUGGUGAAACGUACGCUGGGUCAAAGGACCCAGUGUAUCAAGGUCAGCAGUGGUGGGAGAUGACAAGAGCUGCUCCAAUGGAAUCACAGUAUGGCGCAUUUCAAGAGAUGGGACGAUAUUACCCUAGCUGUGGUGUAUAUCACCAUUAA